AUGGUAGCUAUUCUUAUCAAACAUAGGAAAAUAUUGGAAAUAAUAGACAUGCUCCACAGUAAGGUUUACGAACCUCAAGAUUGCGAAGAGGAUCGUAUUCAGGAAAACUACGACAAAAUUGGAAGGUUUGGAACGAUGACUUUUAUAACUUCUGUAUCCAUCGCUAUACUAGUAAAAGUCAUAGGACUACUAACAAAAGAUGAAGGCAUAAGGUCUUUCAAAAUGUGGGUACCUUAUAGCCUUGAAAAUGGGACAUCGUAUUGGCUGACAUAUGUACUUUACUUUGUGGGAUUUAUGAUAAUCGCUCAAAUAAGCGUAGCCGGUGAUACGUUUGCUAUUGUAAUGAUGCUUCAGCUCUGCGCUCAAUUGGAAAUUUUAAAGCAUAGAAUACUAAAGUAUCCACAAUUAUGUAUGAAAGAAUUCCCAAAAAACCCCCGAACGGAGCAAAGAAACCUUGGAAAGUGGAUAGAGCAUCAUAAUUCCUUGUAUAUAUUUGCUAUAAAAUUAAACGACGUAUACAGCGCAGUAUUUUUCAUCCUAUUGCUUAGCGCAACACUUGAUGUCUGUACCUGCACUUAUUUUCUCGCAACUUUGAGAAUAACUUCCAUGAAAUUUUGGUCGAUGUCUGUUUCAUUAAUAUGUAUUAUGUUUGAAAUUUAUCUGUAUUGUUUUCAAGGAAGUUUUUUAAUGGAAAAGAGCAUGGACAUUAGAUAUGCAGCAUAUAGCAUGGAUUGGUUUUUAUUAUCGAAAACUUCAAGGAGAGACAUCAUCCAAAUAAUGAGACGAUCGUCUAAGCCAAUAACGAUUACUGGAGGCUCGAUAUUUCCAUUGUCUAUUGAUACCUUCAAUUCUGAAAUUUUUGGAGGGAUAAAGUUUUAUUCAGAUAACUCCGCAUUUUUCAAAACACAUGGGAGUAGGCUUGCUUUCGGAGUUACUAUUGUCAUCGAAAGGGUACUUUAUUCUACAACUUUUCCCACAGUACCGCUCACGAGAGAUGCAAACAUUCACAAUUAUGUUUUUUGUCUAAGAAUGCAACUUUAG